AUGGACGUACAAGAUGACAGCGAGCUAAGGCUCGAGAAUGAACGCCUUCGGAAAGACCUGGACGUCCUGCAGACUAAACUCGACGAUUUGGACCAGUCUGCGCGUAUCUGUAACAUCGAAGUACAAAAUAUCCCUGAAAAGAAAGGCGAAAAUCUCGUGCAGCUCGCCGGCGAUAUUGGAAGGCUAAUUGGAAUAACGCUUUCAGAUGAUAAAAUCAAAGCUAUUCACCGCACGGCACACAAUGUACCCAGCGACCGUCCGAAAAAUAUCGUCAUCCAGCUCAAUAGCAGGCGACUACGCGACGACGUCAUCGCGGCGGCGCGCGCUCGCCGCGAGCUCUCUACCGCCGAUCUCUUUCCCAAGACUACUGCAGCUGACGUUGCGAGGGUUCAACGAUUUUAUAUAAAUGAACACUUAACUCUGAAGAAAAAAAAUUUAUUUGUUGAGGCGCGCAUGCAGGCUAGUGAAAAGGGCUAUAAAUACGUAUGGGUUAAAAACGCUAAUAUAAUGGUGCGAAAAACUGACGAUUCUCGAGUUAUUAAUAUUCGUAGUGAAAACGAUCUAUUAAAAAUGUGA